AUAUAUAGUGCUUUGUCUGUGUCCAUAUCUCUCUCUAUAUAUAUUGGGAAUUUUAUUUUCUCGGAAAAUAGAGUUUUAUCUGGUGAUUGAGAUUAUACAAACCACCAAACGGCUAUACAAGCCACAGAGAGAGAGGUUGAAAGAGAGAGGGAUCCUUAGGAUUUUCUGGGAUUAUACUUUCCUGAUUUUUCUUUUGGGAAUUUGGGUUGGGGGUGCUGGUUGAAGAGGGGAGAAAGGUGUUUGAUCUGGGUUCUUAGUGAUCUCUUUUCUCUCUCAAUUUUGUUUUGAGAAAGAUGGGUUUAAACAGAGAAUUUGAUUGAGCAUUUGUGUUUUUUUUUGGGUCAAUUUGUAGGGUGGUAUUAGAACUUGAUCAUAGAAAUUUUUGUGGUAAUCAUGUCUGAUGGGUAUUACAAUUCGAAGAAGACUGAUGAUAUAUGUGAAGACGUUUGUGGCCGGCAGGCCUCCGGUGUAGCUUUGAGCAUGUCAAGACUGAAGUGUAUUUUGCGAGGGUUGGAUUUGAAGACCUAUGUAUUCUUGUUUGUGGUUGUUCCAUUAGGAUUGUUUGGAUUGUAUUUGCAUGGCCAGAAGAUCUCCUAUUUCCUAAGACCAUUAUGGGAAUCUCCUCCAAAGCCCUUUCAGAUAAUUCCUCACUACUAUCAUGAGAAUGUUUCAAUGGAGACUCUUUGCAGGCUUCACGGGUGGGGGAUUCGUGAAUCACCUAGACGAGUUUUUGAUGCAGUUCUAUUCAGUAAUGAAGUAGAUAUUCUUACAAUUCGAUGGAAGGAAUUGUAUCCUCACAUAACUCAGUUUGUACUUCUUGAAUCAAACUCAACGUUCACUGGCCUACCCAAACCAUUGGUCUUUGGUAGUAAUCGGGAUAAGUUCAAAUUUAUAGAGUCCCGUUUGACUUAUGGGACAAUUGGGGGGAGAUUUAGGAAAGGGGAAAACCCCUUUGUGGAAGAGGCCUAUCAGCGAGUAGUACUGGACCAGCUUAUUAGAAUAGCAGGUAUAGAAGAUGAUGACUUGUUGAUAAUGUCUGAUGUUGAUGAGAUCCCUAGUGCUCACACAAUUAAUCUCUUGAGGUGGUGUGAUGACAUCCCACCUAUCCUUCAUCUUCAGCUGAGAAAUUACUUGUACUCUUUUGAGUAUUAUGUAGAUAACAAGAGCUGGCGUGCUUCAGUUCAUAACUACAGGACAGGGAAAACUAGAUAUGCUCAUUAUCGCCAGGCUGAUGUCCUCUUGUCAGAUUCAGGUUGGCAUUGCAGCUUUUGUUUUCGAUACAUUAGUGACUUCAUAUUUAAGAUGAAAGCUUACAGUCAUUAUGAUCGGGUGAGAUUCUCUCAUUACUUGAACCCCAAAAGGGUUCAGGAUGUGAUUUGUAAAGGGGCUGACUUAUUUGAUAUGCUUCCUGAGGAAUACACAUUUAAGGAGAUCAUAGGGAAAAUGGGUCCUAUUCCUCAUUCUUACUCAGCAGUUCACCUUCCUUCGUAUUUAUUGAAUAAUGCUGAUAAAUACAAAUAUCUCUUGCCUGGUAACUGCCAGCGAGAACGUGGCUGAACUGCUGAAGUUUCUUGGAAAAUAAGGCACAUUUUGUAAACGUUGGAGGUGCAUAUUGUUCUUCACACCAGAAAGGGCUGUACUAGACACUCCAUGUUGAUGGACUGAUAGUGUGUAUUGGUGUGGCUAUACCUUGUAUCCAACAAUAUCAUGUCAUUCUUUAGAGGGAUGUAGGUAUGAGCUUGAUGGGUUAUUGGAGUAUGAGUAGAAACGCAGUGUAUUCCAUUUUUGGUUUUGGAUUUCUUCCAUUUUGGAGGCAGGUCCAAUUUUUCCAGGGGAUAGCUGAUUGUGAGAUUGGACUAGCUUUUUAUGGCACCCUUGUUGGUAUGGGAUAACCCCCUAAAUUGAAUGAGAGUACAAUGACAUUUUCCCAGGUUUUUUCUAUGAUGGGAAUUUUGGCUUUUCUCUAAUUUAUCAUAUAUCCAUGUUUAUUUA